CGCUGUCACUUCUAAGUCAUCUAUAUACUUUUAACGUUCUUCCUUCAAGAUGGAGGACGAAGUGGAUGUUGACAUCGAAGGAGAUGAGUUCGAUGUUAAUAUCGGUGAGCAAGAUCCAAAAGGGUUAUUUCAGGAGCAGUCUGCGUGGAAGAAUGAUGUGGGCAUUCUGCCCUGGGAGUUGGAUACCUCCAUCAGCAACGAAAACCGAGAAGCUAUCCACAAAAUGCUACUGGAGGAACAAUACUACCUCAAAGGCCAAACAAUUCCCGACCAUAUUUGGCCCAGUGAUGCCAACAACAAGCCUAAAGGGAAGAAAUCUCCGGCUAAGACUUCCUCCUCCUCCCGAUGGUCCAAACAGGAAAAAGAGUUGUUUGAAGAGGGGCUGGCGCAGUUUGGGCGAAGGUGGACAAAAAUUGCCAAAUUGGUGGGCAGCCGUAGCGUCAUUCAGGUCAAGAACUACGCCAGACAGUGUUUGAAACACAAGGCAAAGAUGGCACCGGGCAUGGCGACUCCCUCUGCAAGCGCUGCGCCGCCCUCACCGCGCGCUCAGCCUGGCCCUGCCAACAUGGUGCGAAUGGAGAUGCUGGAUGAGGACGAAGACGUGGACAUCACCGAUGACCUCGGCGGCGAGGUCCAGCCCGGACCUCCGCCCGCACCUUCGCUAGGCCUCUUGGAAGAGCCCGCCGAGGUCCGGGAGGCUGAAACGUCAACAGGGUCCACGCGGGCGGAGGAAGAAGAGAGGGAACAUACUGCAGAGCCUUACAGACAGGAAGAAGAUAACGAGGAAGAGGAGGAGGAGGAGGAGGAAGAGGAGCUCAAUGUGCCAGAGCAGGAAGUGGAGCUGGACGUGGAACGCAUCAGCGAGGACGAAAAGCAAGCCAUCCCGGAGUUCUUCGAGGGACGGCCUUCCAAGACACCUGAGAGAUAUCUGAAGAUCCGCAACUACAUCCUGGACCAGUGGCUGAAGAGCAAACCCAAGUACCUGAACAAGACCUCGGUGCGGCCCGGCUUGAAGAACUGCGGCGACGUCAACUGCAUCGGGAGGAUCCACACGUACCUGGAGCUCAUCGGCGCCAUAAACUUCAACUGCGAGCAAGCGGUGUAUAAUCGGCCCCGGGUGGCAGACCGCACAAAGCAGAAGGAGGGCAAAGACGUGCGGGAGGCCUACCAGCUGGCCCAAAGGUUACAGAGUAUGCGGACCAGAAAGCGACGCGUGAGAGACAGGUGGGGAAACUGGUGCGACGCCAAAGACUUGGAGGGACAAACAUAUAAGCAUCUUAGCGCCGCGGAGCUGGCCAUGCAUAGAGAGCGCCCCAAAGCCUGCAAAAUGUUCAGACACAGAGGGUCUUUUGAUCCCUUCCAGCUCAUUCCAUGUAGGUGCUUUGGAGAGGAUGCCCAGGAACCAUUCAGAGUCGUCGUGUGUGCUGAGACGCUGCUGAUUAUGGAUAUGCAUGCUCACGUGUCUCGAGGCGAGGUGAUCGGUCUUCUUGGAGGAACUUUCAACGAGGAGGAUAAAGUGUUGAAGAUCUGCGCGGCGGAGCCGUGCAACAGCGUGAGUACGGGGCUCCAGUGCGAGAUGGACCCUCUGUCUCAGACGCAAGCCUGCGACGUGCUCUCCUCUCUGGGCUUCAGCGUGGUGGGUUGGUACCACUCCCACCCGUCCUUCCACCCAAACCCGUCUGUGCGCGACAUCAACACGCAGGACCAGUUCCAGAGUUAUUUCUCCCGCGGCGGUGCUCCUUUUAUCGGGAUGAUCGUGAGCCCAUAUGACCCGGCCAAUCCCUCCCCCCAUUCCCAAACCACCUGCUUGUUGGUCAAGGAGUGCCAAAACCCCUCGGCACCUCAAAAGCUUCCCUACAAAUUUGACUUCUUGCCAUCACAGGACAUCCCAGACUGGGAUCAGUCUUUAAGAAGAGCUCUGUGGAUCAUCCACAAAUACUCCCGAACAUCAGGGAGUGUGCGCAUGGAGCGAUUUUUCCGGAGGGACUCUCACCUCACCUGUCUGGAAAAGAUGCUGUCGUCGCUGGCAAGGUACCUGGAGCCGCUGCCCGACGAGAACGAAGAGGGAGAAGCCUUCCUCACUCAAAUCCACGCUCUCUUCCUUUCUGAUUUCAUCGCCCAGCAGCCCAUUGAAGGCGAGCACCAGGAGAGCAAUUCGUCAAGUAAUUCGCCCGCACCCGUGAGUUCGGGAGAUGUCGAAGAGGAUUCGGGAGGCGACGAAACCCACUCGAGCGGCAUACUGCAUCUUGGCUCUGUGCUGUCCACUGGACAUGACUAUUUACUCUGAUAUGAUUGUAUUUAGAAUGCUACAUUUGUAUAUACUUUUUUUUAACCAAUAUAUUAUACAUCUAUAUGUCCACUGAGAUUUUAAAUACAUUCUGGACAAACAAUACACUGAACUCUCUAGAAGAAAAAGUUGCUUAUUUGUGUACACAGUUUCAAGUGACCUGGCAUACAGGUUUUUCAAAACACGAUCAAAAAGCUCAAAAGAUCAAAGCUCAAUCUUUUUUUUUCUCUUUUAACUUGCAAGGAAAGAUCUGAGAGGGUGAGACGGUGGGAGUAAACUUUUAAAAAUGCGUAGUGGGCCUGCUCACUUUACAUGCAUGCUUAAUGUACUGUCAAACUAAACAUAAAACAAAGAGAAUCAUACCACAUAAUUUUGCCUUGGGAAAUGUUUCUAGCUUAAUGCUAAUAUAUAUAUAUAUUCUUGAUUCUUUGUUUUUAAAAAAAGACCAACAUUGCUGAGCCAUUGUGACCAUUUUCUUUACCUAGGUACAGGUAAUAUAAAUAUAAAUAUAAAGGCACUCUCACUGGAAGGAACCACAUUGUGAAAGCAUGAAUCCAAUACAUAAACUAUAAGCAUUCUGUUUCAUGUGUUACUGAUGUAUAUCUGUAUCAAGAAAUAGAGUAAAGUGCUAUUUUUCUUUUACAUUUGUCGAGUGGUAGGAUUACUUUUCAUUAUUAUUUAGAUAUUACUGCGCGCAUUUUGCAUUAUACUGCUCUUAAUUAUUACUCUAGUCACACUAUUCAUAAAGUACAAACAGUUCUUACGAUUACUCAUUUGGUACAAAAUGAUAUUUUUUAUUUUUAUACUUUUUUUAAACUGGAACACUUCUGACGAGCUGGUUUCGAAGGGGAUUUAUGUAGUUCUUACGACGUAUACUGUUGAUCAAAAAUAUGAAUGAUAUCACUGCGAAAAAACAUGGUCAAACCGAUUAAUUUAACUUUGGAUUUUAAAAUAAAAUUCCUCUUGACCGGAA